GCGACCGACCGGUGCAGGCUCAGCCACGGGCGCGCGAGGAGCGCGAGAGAGACAUGCCUCCUUUACGGAAAUAAAUAACGGGACUGGUGCACGACCAAAACUCGGGCGGAGGUCACAAAACACGACGGGGAGGACUAAAAAACAAAAAAGGAGGUGAAGAACAUCGAUUCUAACUCAAGCCAAUGCCCCACGUUCCUGUGUUGAUGUCUUUGGACGCGAAUACCUGCCGAAAAUAGUCCCGACGCCCAUCUCUGCUUUUGGUGUUGGACAGAAGACAUUUUAGUUGUUGGAUUCACCCUGAGAACUAAACGACAUCCUUAAUUGGAAGCCCCAGCUUUGUGUGACCCCCUUGAUACUGAAAGAAUGGUGAUGGAGGAGGCCCAGAGAGACAGACAGGUGGCUCCAAGAGCCGUCUGGAGGCGGAUAUUUGAAGAACUGGAGGAGCAGGACUUGGACUCCAUUCGUCUCUCGUCGUAUCGAACUGCCUGCAAACUCAGAUUUGUACAAAAGAGAUGCAACCUGCACCUGCUAGACAUUUACAACGUGAUCGAGGCGGUGCGGGAUGCUGGGCUGAACGCCGUCGAGCUGAACGCCGGCAUCUCGGUAACCAGACUGGAGAAUCUGGUGACCUCCCUGUUCAACCAGCUCAGCAAACGCCUGCCCACCACACACCCCAUCAACCCGAGAGAGAGCACCGUCCUCCUGGUCGAGUUCAUAUUGGCUGCCGUCGACUGUGAGCCGGAGAGCCGUCUGACAGUCCUGUCUGUAAAGGCCAUGCUGGCCACUCUGUGUGGAGGGAAGCUGGUAGAUAAACUACGCUAUGUGUUUUCUCAGGUAUCAGACUCCAAGGGUGUGUUAGUUUUGUCCAAAUUUGACAGUUUUCUAAGGGAGGCGCUCAAGCUGCCCACGGCUUUACAUGAAGAACCGUCCUUUGGUUACACACACACCGUGGCACGCUCCUGUUUCCCACAGCAGAAGAAGGUGAUGCUCAACAUGUUCCUGGAUAUUGUUGCUGAGCCUCCUGAAUGCCUCGUCUGGCUGCCUGUGAUGCACCGCAUGGCCAGCGUGGAGCACGUCUAUCAUCCAGUGGCGUGCUCCUUCUGCCGCAGCAACGGGAUGACUGGCUUCCGCUAUCGCUGCCUGCGCUGCCGUGGUUACCAGCUCUGCCAGAACUGCUUCUGGCGUGGCAAGGCCAGUGGCUCCCACAGCAACCAGCACCGCAUGAAGGAACACUCCUCCUGGGAGUCACCUGCAAAAAGAUUUAGCCGAGCUCUGAGCAGAAGUCUGGGUUGUGCCUCAUCCAGGGAGCCCCCCCACCCCAUUUAUUCCCAGGAACCAGAGAGAACCCUCAACCUCUCCAACAUCGUCCCGUCCAGACCCGUUGGGAACACCAAUGAGGCCAUGUUGCUGUCCUCAUCAGUGCCAGAGUCGUCCAAAAGUGUUGCAGCAGCUCAGAGGAUGAACGAGGAGCACGCUCUGAUCGCAGCGUAUGUGAAUCGGCUGCAGAGUGGGCCAUGUGGUUUGGACAGUCCCAGCAGACAGGAUGAGGAGCACAAACUGAUUGCUCGCUACACCUCCCGACUGGCUGAGACGGAGAGCACAGGAGUGAUUCCAACACGAAGCAUCAACUUUGACGUGAACAAGCAGAAGAGGGAGCUCAUUGCUCAGCUGGAGUGCAAAAACAGAGAGAUCUCCGCAGAGAUCAAACGUCUCCGUGCCGAGUACGACGCGGCGUGCCAGCCCAGUCCGGAAAAGGGCAGCACCAACCCGGCUCUGCUGGCCGAGCUCCGUCAGCUCAGACAGAGGAAAGAUGAACUGGAGCAGAGGAUGUCGUGUCUCCAGGAGAGCAGGAGGGAGCUGAUGGUACAGCUGGAGGGACUGAUGAAGCUGCUCAAGGAUGAGGAGCAGCGACAGGCAGCUCAAGCAGCCGGCUCUUCCCACGCCUCUCCUGCUCGACCGAGUCCUGCAACCGCCCGCAAUGUCGGUGCCGGAUCUCCUCAGGCUCACAUGUACCUUCCUCAGGACUCCCUCGCUGGGGUGGGUGGGGAUGUGCAAGAGGCCUUUGCUCAAGCCCCAAGAAGGAACCUGAGAAAUGACCUUCUGGUAGCAGCCGACUCCAUCACCAACACCGUGUCCUCACUGGUCAAAGAGCUCCACUCUGAUGAAGGUCGGGAGGAGGAGGAGCGGCUGCUGAAUGGGAAAGACAGAGCAGGUUAAAAGCUGACAACACAUCACACAAAAACAGCUGAGUGGAGAUUCUUCAUGGCCAAAGACAACUGACCCUCUCAGGACUCAUCCGGGGACUGGAGCUCCUCCACCAAUCAACCAAUCACAAUGCUGGACACCCAAAGAUUGCUGAGUCUCUACUGCUGAUUAUCUGUGAUUUUGUGUUUUUUCACUGUGGUUUGAUCGUUUUGAUUUGAUCGUGCAUAGCCAAACCAAAAAAGGAAAAAAAAAUCUGAAAUCUACUGAUUUGUACUGUAGCAUGAGUGUGUGUGUGUGUGUGUGUGUUUGCUCUUCCUUGUUGGGGUGCAGAGGGGUCACGUAGGUCAGAAAGAGAGAGAGAGAGAGACGUGUUUGUGGUGGAUUUUAGAGCGGGAAAGUUUCAGGAUCAGGAUGGAAAUGAGACAAGUCGGAGCGGGAAUCGGAGGAAAAAUAAACCGAAAACGAGAAAGAUGAGCGGUAACGAUUAAGUUUGAGCACUGUGUGCUUCGUAUUUAUUGCUUAGAAUUUUUUUCCCAUUUAUUUUUUGUUUGAGUGUUUUAUGUACAUGAGGGUGGUCAGAUCCUGCUGAGACAUUAAGCUUUAAUGGGACGUUUCCCACCAAGCUAUAAAGAUCGGUGAUGUAAAAGCUUGUUCGUGAUGCUUGGGCGAAGCAGCGCUUCCUCUUAACUGGUUCUGCUGGACGUUUGAGUCGUCCACGUUUAUGCUUCUGGAGAGAAACAGAACCUCAGGUGCUGGUGUGGCAGCUCGGGUCGUAUUCUGGUACCAGUCAAUCUGUGACAUUUACUAAUGUCUAAGAAAAGAAACAUUUACUUUAACCACUUCAGUCAAACUUUAUUUCACCCAAAACUACUUAAAUCAUCUUUAGAUGCCAAAUUAAAUCUUAACCUAUAUUUUUAUCUAAUCCUUUAUUUAUCUAGAUUUUGAUGUAUUAAGUUACAUUUCAUUGUGAAGCAGCUCGGAUGAGAAUCAGCUCCUCUAAAUCUGAGAACAUGGUCUUGAUUCGGAAAAGGGUAGAGUGCCUUCUCCGGGUCAGGGAUGAGGUCCUGCCUCAAGUGGAGAAGUUUAAGUAUCUCGGGGUCUUGUUCACGAGUGAGGGAAAACUGGAGCGUGAGAUCGAUAGGCGGAUUGGUGCUGCAUCUGCAGUGAUGCGGGCGUUGUACCGGUCUGUCGCAGUGAAGAGAGAGCUGAGUCAGAAGGCGAAGCUCUCGAUUUACCGGUCGAUCUACGUUCCUACCCUCACCUAUGGUCAUGAGCUUUGGGUAGUGACCGAAAGAACGAGAUCUCGGAUACAAGCGGCCGAAAUGAGUUUUUUCCUAAGAGUGGCUGGACUCUCCCUUAGGGAUAGGGUGAGAAGCUCGGUCAUCUGGGAGGAGCUCGGAGUAGACCCGCUGCUCCUCCACACCGAGAGGAGCCAGUUGAGGUGGCUCGGGGAUCUAGUCAGGAUGCCUCCUGGAUUUCUCCCUGGUGAGGUUUUCCGGGCACGUCCAACCGGGAGGAGACCUAAAAGGUAGACCCAGGACACGGUGGAGGGACUAUGUCUCUCACCUGGCCAGGGAAUGCCUUGGGAUUCCCCUGGGGGAGCUGGCCCAAGUGGCUGGGGAGAGGGAAGUCUGGGCCUCUCGCCUUAGGCUACUGCCCCCGCGACCUGACUCCGGACAAGCAGAUGAAAAUGGAUGGAUGGAUGGAUGGAAGUUACAUUUCACAGGAAUAACCUGGAUGUGGUGCUGAUUCGUGAAGCAGAAACAAUGAUUUUCCUGCAGCAGAUAAUCUAAACAGUUUAAUCUGAAACGUGUUUUUUUAUUGUAGUGUGGGUGAAGAGCUCCACACGAAAAAUCUGAAUAGCAAGUUUUCUUGUGGGCGAUCGAACGUUUUCUUUCUCGCUGCCAAAUGCUGAAACUAUCUCAACGGCUUUAUUUAAACAUCUUAAUAAAGUCGAGCUGUAGUAAAUGUAAACGACGACAUUCGUUGAUUCGGAGCUAAAUAACUUCCAGUUUUGCUUUUGUGGAAACUAGCAACUCAAAAUAAAACACCGGCUUUGUAACUCAAGUGUUUUGGUGUCUAAACUCCUAACUCACUUUUUUGUGAUUUCUGUAAAAUGGUUUCAGUUUGAGCUCUGUGGAUUACGAACCACACCCAGAACCCCCUCAAAAGAAACAGACCCUACAAGAUCCAAAGAUGGUUUUGGGUUUCUUUUCAUUUAGAAACGGUUGUGUAUUUUUGUCGACAAAAGCCGUUUUCCUGCUCUUCCACUUUUAUUUUGAAGCUAUUUUAUUACGUAUCAGUUUUUAACCCACUCUUUGUGUUGUCUGCUGUGACUGGGAUGAGCCUAUGGGAUGAUUGGCUGAUUGUAUAAACGAUUUACAAUGUUUGAACUUAUGUUUCUGUGUGUGUGUGUGUGUGUUUGUGUGUGCGUGUGUGUGCGCGCGUGCGCGUGUGCGUGUGUGUGUGUGUGCGUGUGUGUGUGUGUGUGUGUGCGUGCGUGCGUGACUGAGUGGAAUAGUGAGAAGGACUUGUCCUGACAUGAAACUGUAAACACCUCCAGCUCUGAACCUGCUGGAGCUGACGAGUGAAAAAUGUGCAUCUUGUGUUUCAUCUAAUAAAUAAUAUUUAUCAUGAA